GCAAGUAGGUAGGUCUAGGUUAUAAAGUUUAUAGGUAGUUUUUUAAUUGUUGAACCUGUAUUCGUUCAAUUUUUUUUUUAUUUACUAUUUUCGUAUUUUGGAGAAUACUAGUUUUUUAAAAUGGGCAUUAAGGAAGCUGCUAUUUAUUUGGACAAUCAAUGGAACACCUAUUAUGCCGGCCAGACAGUGAACGGAAGAAUAGAAUAUGUGUUCGAUAGCCCCAAAAAAGUUAGAGGAAUACAUGUAAAGUUUAAAGGCGAAGCUCACACUGAAUGGAGUGAAAGCAAAGAAGAACAGGAUUUUGAAGGUAAAACACAAUCCAGUGAUACCCUUCAUCAAGGAAAUGAGGAAUAUUUCCAAAUAUCAUAUUACUUGCUGGGAAGUAAUACUGGCAAUGAGAUAGAGAUACCGCCUGGUAGACAAGUCUACAACUUCACAUGUGCAUUGCCUCCAGUUCUGCCAUCCUCAUUUGAAGGGCAGUAUGGUUAUGUUAGGUACACUGUUAAAGUUACUCUUGACAGACCGUGGAAAUUUGAUCAGGAUACUAAGAUGGCUUUUACCGUCAUAAAUGCAUUGGAUUUAAACCUAAAUCCAUCUUAUCGGGAGCCAAUACAUUUCCAAAUGGAGAAAACAUUCUGUUGCUUCUGUUGUGCAUCACCGCCCCUAUCUGUGGAUGUGCGAGCUCCUGUAUCUGGGUACUGUCCAGGACAAGUGAUACCGCUUGCCAUAGACAUUGAGAACAAGAGUAAUGUGCAGUUGCAUCUUGUAAAGAUUUUCCUAAGAAAGGUUGUCACCUAUAGAGCAACAACUCCAACAACAGCUAUAAAAAAGUCUAAAGAUAUAAUAUUAACUAUGCAAGAGGGACCUGUGCCUUCAGGAACUACCAAACAUUGGAAUUUGAAUUUGGAAAUACCACCAAUACCACCCUCGAACUUAGUUAAUUGCAGUAUCAUUGAUCUGGACUAUGAUAUAAAGGUUGAGUGUGCUGUAUCAGGUAUGCACCUAAACUUAAAGGAUCGCAAGUACAUCACAAUUGGCACUGUGCCACUGGUUGGCAUGAUUGGCCAGGCGCCACCAACACCUUCUGCUCCAAUAGAGCCAAGUUCCCCAAGCCAACCAGCAGUGUUGCCAGUGGCGCCUGGACAGCCCUUGCAACCUGGAAUGGUUUCAGGCGGAGACACGAUGCCAGGUGGUUGGGUUGCACCAGGUGCUCCGCAGCCACAGGCGCCUUAUCAAACGCUGUAUCCUACUUUGACUGAGCCAGUUUACAAGGAAUCUCCGUACACGGCACGCACGAUCCACGACCGUGGCGAUAGUAGCCACAUGAUAACUAGCCCGGCAAAGUUCGCGCCCUACUACCCGACCUACGCGGCCAUCCAACCCCCACCCUUACCGCAGUGAACUUGUGACGUCACGUGAUUUUCAAGAAGGAUAGGUAUUCCUAUUAGCAGUCUAUCAGAACUACGUCGGCAGUUUAAUUUUUACUACUGUAUCAGGUUAUAUUUCAUUUCGAGAACCCCUAAAAUGUGUAGGUUCAACCAAUGUGUAUGUAAAUGCUUCAUAAAUAGAAGAGAUUGGCUGUGUGAAGUAGCAUUGCGUGAUUAUGAAAAAUAAAGUUGUUUUAUUAUUAUUGAAAUCGCGUUUGAGGUUUAAACUAUUGGCUUAUACAGUUUACAAGAAGAGCCACUGCAGCAGAUAACAUAUUUUUUCAGGUCACGAAAUUCGCAAGUACCUACCUAAUGAUGGCAUUUUUGUGAGCGUGCGAUUGCCGCGUAGGAAUCUACUGGCUCGUCUCGUUAAUUUAAGUUCAAGCUAACAUAUUCAAGCCACGGGUAAAGAUGCCUUUCGUGUAGACACACACUUACAAGUACUAUAACGAUUUCGGUAAAAGUACGCGUAGUGCUAAUAAUGUGAAUCCAGCUUAAAUCGAAUAAACUUUCUACCGUCCAAUUAUCUCACUUCUGAUAUUAAAGCAAAGUUAGAGGAGCUUGAAUUUCAUAGACGAUAAGACUGCAUAGCUUUUUUUAAAAAAAACUUGAUUUAAUGAC